CGAGACAGACGUCAAGCGCCCUUCGUUCGAACGUCAGUUCGUGUCCAGUGAAAGUGCGACAAAUCCUCAAAACGUUCCGAUUAGACUUCGCAGUAGAGGCUAGAGGCAGAAGGUGGCCGUUCUGAAAAUAGUACAUUUGCGUCUCACGUACCUUCGUAGAGUAGCUACAAAACGAGUCAAAUUUUCGACCCUUAAUCGCUCUUAAUAAUUUGCUACGUGCUGAAGAAGAAACCGGCUCCAUAUUCGCGUUAGAAUGUUCCCGACCAGUGGGAAUUUCCCGGUUACCCUGGGAGCCGGAUUACUGAUUCUGCUCACUUUUGCCGUCCGUAACAGCUGCCAACAAAACUACAACAUGAAUGAUUAUUUAAAGCGGGAGCAUUCGCUUAUCAAACCGUACCAGGGUUCCGGAAUGACCAUCCCGUAUUGGGAUUUUAUCGGUUCAACGCUGGUGACGAGUGGCUACAUCCGGCUAACGCCAGAUCUACAGUCGAAAAGUGCGGCUAUCUGGAAUCAAGUGCCUUGUACCUCCAUCAACUGGGAAAUGCAUGUGAACUUCAAGGUUCACGGCAAAGGGAAGGAUUUGUACGGGGACGGGUUAGCCAUUUGGUACGCAAAGGAUCGCCUGCAUCAUGGGCCCGUGUUCGGUAGUAAAGAUCUCUUCCAAGGUUUGGCUAUCAUUCUGGAUACUUACAGCAACCACAACGGUCCGCAUAAUCAUCAGCAUCCGUACAUCAGUGCGAUGGUUAACAAUGGCAGUCUGUCGUACGAUCACGACCGCGACGGGACCCACACGCAGCUAGCAGGGUGCGAGGCGAAAUUCCGAAACGUCGAUUACGAUACGCUCGUGAGCAUCAGAUACGAAAAUGAUGUUCUGACAGUGUCCACCGACUUGGAAAACAAAAACACUUGGAAGCAAUGCUUCCAGGUGGCUGGUAUUAAGCUUCCUACAGGGUACCAUUUUGGCGUGUCGGCCACCACCGGGGAUCUGUCGGACAAUCACGAUCUGCUAGCGAUCAAAUUCUACGAGCUGGAAGCACCGGCCCUACUGUCGGAAGAUCGCAGUCAGAUUGUCCCUUCUGCUGCCAGCUUCGAGGCGCCACGUGAGCACAAAGACGAUCCCAAGCAGUCCGGCUACUCAAAUGUGAAAAUAUUCUUCCUCAUUCUGUUGGCGAUGCUAAUCGUGGUGGUACUGGUCGUGAUAGGUAUUAUGUUCUACCAGAAACACCAGGAGAAUUCGCGAAAACGGUUCUACUGAGAUGACGCUUCCAGCGGGCAACGACGGACCCCAAGGGAAAAAGCUUUAAAAUACCAAAUUUUGCAUUUCCAUUCUCGAACUGCUGUGUGCUAGGGAUCGUUCGGUGAAACUAUUCAAAUUUACGCCAAAAAGUUGCGUUUUUUUCUGUCGUGCUCAAGAAGAUAAGAGAUAAAAGUGACAGCUUGUAGGAGUUUGUUUUUAUUAAUCUAGGAAAUUACUUUAAGUGUCGGGAUUAGCACAAACUGAUUUCAGCUAUGCGUCCCUGCAGCUUGCGGUGGAAAUUUUUGUUGGUAUUUUUAAGGCGCACGCAGCAUUGUUUUCAAUUUAUUACCUCUCCUAUCAAGCUAUGACUGGUGGAAUUUAGUUGUUAAGUAUCCUAGUCUAAACGGUGUGGAAGACAACGCAGAUCCGUUCCGUUUUUCUUCCCUUCUGCUGCUCUUUUCAAGUUAUUAAGUCGCUAAUCAUACGUGGGCGCAUUAUGGUUUUGUGAGUAAAAAUAUCCCACAAUCAAAAGGACCUAACAUCACCAAGAAGAAACAAUGACCACCACUUGGAUUGGUUAGAUAAAAGAACUUGUGAAAUCGAAUGUACGAGUAAGUGUUUUGCUUUGACGAAUAAAUGGAUAUAAUUAAUAA